AUGCGACAUACCGAUCAGUCCAACGGGAAGGCAGACCCUGUCGAUCAUGUCGAAGCAUCCGACAAUGGCGAGCUUCCAAAGGCCAUCGACAAGGCGCUGGCAGACGGCGAUCCGGUCCAGAUGCGAUCCGAGUUGGAUAACUUGCCCAUCCUGAAAGCUUUACGUAUAUACUGGCGUAUAGCUUUGAUCUGCAUGAUGGCUGCGUUCAGUGCCGCGCUGGAAGGUUACCGCUUCAUUCGACAAAUGUCCAACGGGGGCACCAAGCUCAACCCUACACAUGUGGCUGUUUGGGGAGGCAUGCUAUCGACUGGUCAAUUUGUCGGUGUAGGCCUCCUUCAGAUAGUCAUUGACAAGAUUGGGCGCAGGUUUGCUAUGCACAUCACCUGGCUUUCUCUCGCAGUCUCGGUGGCCCUGGAGUCCGCUGCCACGAACUGGCUCUACUGGCUCUUCGCUAGGCUGAUCGGAGGAGCUGGCCUCGGCAUGAUGCAGGCUACCUAUCCCGUUUACAUUUCUGAAAACGCGCCAACACAGAUUCGAGGUUUCCUGACUACCUCGUACAUGCUCUGGUAUGUUUGUUCGCAGAUUUUCGCCCCGUUGGCCUUGCGACAACUGGCCUUCACGGACCCGUAUAACUUCCAGAUUCCCAUCCGCACCCAGUGGGGAAUGCUGGGCGGUAUGCUCCUCAUUAACCUCUUCUGCCUCCCGGAAAGCCCUUGGUGGCUUGUCCAGCGGGGCAUGUUUGACAAGGCGGAAAAGGUGCUAGCCAAGACACACAAAGGCGUGCCGGGCUACGAUGUAAAGAAAGAACUGUCCAUCAUCAUCGCUACGGUCGAGCACAAGCGAGAAUCCACGGCCGAGGAUAAGAGCCAAUAUCAGGAAAUCUUCCGAGGAAUUCACCUUUGGCGACUCUUCAUUUGCUUCUGGCCCAAGGCAAUGCAGCAGCUGGCAGGACAGAGUGUCACCAAAAACUACGGCACAUACUUCUUCCAGUUGGCUGGAAAUGACGAUCCUUUCACCGUAACGGUCGUGCUCGCUGUUUGUCAGCUUUUGGGCGUUCUCACAACUACCUUGAUGUCGGAUAGAUUUGGCCGGCGUUGGCUUACUAUCGGCCUCUUUGGGGCCGGAGCCAUCUCGAUGCUCGCCAUCGGUAUUCUUGGAUCCUUCGACUACCAGAGCAAACAACUGGGUAAUGUCUUGGUAUUCUGGGGGUGCGUGUCCAAUUAUGGUGUGGUCGGGGGGGCGGGAAUAUCUUACUCUUACGUCGCCGAAAUACCUACCCAACGACUGCGGGCACGAACUGCUUCUAUAGCCUUGAUGGGCUCUUUCGUUCUCGGGAUUGCCUUCAACUACACGGUUCCACUCAUGCUCAAAGCUUGGAGUGUUAGAACGGGAUACUUCUUCGGAGCCGCCGGUGUCAUCUCGUGCGUCGUCGGAUUCUUUGUCUUGCCAGAAAUUGCCUGCCGAACCCCUGCCGAGAUAGAUGAGAUGUUUGAAGACAAGAUCGCGCCUCGCAGGUUCCGCAAGCAUGUCACACAGGUCCAGGUGUUUCUUGAGGAAAAGGGGCACAAGGAGCACAUUGCACCACCCGCUACCCCUGAAGCCGAGGCACUACAGUUGAGAGCACGGGUCCAAUGGUUCAGUGAUUACAUCAAUGGGCACCUCCUUGAAACACAUCAUGGUGCAAGAAUUGAGGACAUUGAGACUGGGUCUGACCUUGCCGCCCUACUUGGGAGUCGGCUGAAUCUCAGUCCGACGAACCAAGCUACCCUCCAGGGGCAGACUCGAGGUCAGAACGUGCUUGAUGCAUUGUCAUCAUCUGAUCUUUCCCCGGCUCAAGUCCAAGUUGGCUCACUUCCGAGCCACACCGAGCCAGGGCACUCUGGUUUGGAGCCGCCGAGUCUCAGUGUUCAAAUCGACGGAAGCAUUGCGACUUCACCUAUUGAUCCCGACAGUGCUCACCCGACUGGCCGCCAAGUAUCUUAUCAGAGCUCAACGGGCACACACGAUCUAGAUGCCGAUAGCUUCGCGGCAGGUCACGGUCUACCAGCAGAUGCGGCAGCUCGCCGCUUUGUCGACGCCUACUUUCGGAACGUCAACGGAGCAUACCCCUUUGUGAACCAGGCCAAGAUACUUGAGAAUCUUGAGACCCUGGGUGACCUUGCUCAAAGGCUUCGUGACUCCCAGUCUACUCUCCUUUAUCUGGUCAUGUCCAUAGGUUGCACCACCCUGGAGCGAGCCAGCCGGGUCCCUAGAGACACGGCAAAACAGUUCAAGGUGGCAUACGCCGAGAUCAUCCAAGAGUGCGUCUGCCGGGACAGCAUCGAGUCGGUUCAGAUCUUGAUGCUUCUAGCGCUUUACUCACUGUUUGACCCGGCUGGAGCAUUAGUAUACUCCAUCGUCGGAAUUGCGGCACGACAGGCUAUCACGAUAGGCCUGGCUCGUCGACCAGCAGAUGAAAAUACCUAUCCACCAGCUGAAACAGAGUUACGCCACCGUCUAUACUGGAGCAUCUUCGCUCUUGAUCGCAUGAUGGCCGUGUCACAAGGUCUGCCUGUGGCUCUCCCGGACAAUGCUGACGUGCCGUUUCCCGGUCUGACGGUCGAGGAAUUUGCCAGCGGAGAGAGAAUAACGUACGCCAGGAGACUGCAGACAAGCCGACACGUCAUCCAGCUACGCCAGCUGGAAGGCCGCAUCUUGGAGCAGAUUCAUUUCAGAAGAGAGGCUGAAAUUGCGGAGCUGACACCCUUGGAUAGGCGAGCAACGCUGAGUAGUUUGCGUGCGACCAUCGAGGAUUGGCAUAGUCAAGGAUGUCUGAUGUCGCCGAUAGGCGGCGAUAACACCACGAUUCAUAGCACCACAACUUGGCUCAGCGCGCGGUACUACUACCUGCUCCUCCUGUUAUACUACCCGAACCACUUUAACAGCUCAGCCGGAGCUGUAUCACGGCAAGAGCUACAGCAAUUCGCGCAGCGCCAGCUUCAAGCCACGUCGGCGCUCUUCCAGCAGCAACAGUUGCCCCUCAACUGCAACACGCUCUACAGGCUUAUGCCUAUAUGUCUGGUCUUGAUGUAUGACUUUGUGGCAAUAUGCCGCUCAGCAAACUGGACCUCACAGUCGACGUUUCCCUUCCUAGCUAGGGAUGAGGUUGCGGUCGCGCUGUCAGUCUUGGAAGCGUUCCCAAAGGAGUGGAGCCUCGCACAUCGAGCAGCGCAAGUAGUGCGUCAGUUUGCAGGUGUCAUAUCGGGCGGGAUGGCGGCCUUCUUCUCAGAUGAGGCAGUGUUCCCUCUAGGAGCUGCGGGAGGCGCAACCACCACUGGUGAAAACGCUGUAGGAGAGGUUUACGGAGGCAAAGAGAGUCUACCGGUUUUGAUGAAGCCUUGCAUUGCACGACUGACAUCUCUGAUGCAGGAGAUGAUGGGAAAAUCAACGUGCUUCCAGUUUGUCGAGUAUCCAUCCGAUGAUAACAAGCGACCAGAGAGUCAAGGGGCGGCCAUGUCCCAUCAGAAACCAUAUCAACCGUACCAGCAGCAGCAACUCCAGCAGCAGACCCUACCCCCGGCGAUGAGCCAGGUGGCCAUCAACCGGGAUGAAAUGGAUGGCAUUCAGCAGGUUGGUGUAGGGGAUGACGAUGUGAUCGGUUACGGCUGGGGCGCGAUAGAUUUGGAUUUUCUAUGA